AUGGUUGAAGUGUAUUUACAAGAAAAAGCAAAGGUUAACUCGUUGACUUUUCAGGCAAUCACGGGUAAGGAUAAAGGAAAAUUAUCUCCUUUGGUUGAAAAAAAAGAGUGGAGAACCACCUUAAUUUCUGAGGAAAUGGCUUGUUAUCUAUAUAUUGACAAGGAAAGCAUUAAUUAUAACUUUCAAAACCUUUACGACUAUUUUGUUAGAUUUGCUAGAGAAGAGAAAAUAAUUCAGGUGAUUGCUGAAGGAAUAUUAUUUGCAAGAAAUUUGCAAGACGCACCACCUAAUAAAUUACAUGCAAAAGAGUUUGCUGAAACAGUUAAAGAAAAGUUCAGUAAAUUUGAAAAUAUCCAAGUAGAGAUUUUGGACAAGAAAUCUAUCACCGAAAACAGAAUGGGCCUGUUGUUAGCGGUCAAUGCUGGCAGCCAUCACGAGCCACGAGUAGUUAUUUUGCGUUAUUUUGGUGCUAAACAGAAUAAAAAAAAUGUGCUGGGACUAGUAGGAAAAGGCAUUACUUUUGAUAGUGGUGGUUAUAAUUUAAAGCCUUCUUCAUCUUUGCAAUGCAUGAAGUUUGACAUGUCUGGAGCUGCCGUAGUUUGCACUUCUUUUUUUACCCUAAUUCAGAAGAAGCCAAAAAUAAAUGUGGUAGCAGUAGCUUGUUUAACUGAAAAUGCCAUUGGCGGUCAUGCUACUCUUACUGAAUCAGUAGUAACUUCCAUGAGUGGCAAAACGGUAGAAAUUAACAAUACGGAUGCCGAAGGUCGUUUGGUGUUGGCAGAUGGGAUUACUUAUGCGAUAGAAAAAGAAAAAGUUACUAAAAUAAUUACGGUAGCCACUUUAACCGGAGCGGUGGUUCUAGCAUUAGGUGAAAAUCUUACGGGAAUUAUGACUAAUAAUCAAGAAUUUUACCAGCAAUUUAUUCAAUCCACCCAAAAAUCUCACGAAAACAUUUGA